AUGCCAAGCUCAUGUAAAGAAAUAAGAACCGCACUGGCGGAAUGCCUGCAAGAGUCGGAUUGCGUGAUGGUACAGCGGCAUACCGCAGCCGAAUGUCUACGCUCACCGCUGUCCGAGACCCUCCCGACGAAGUGCCAACAGCUGAAGAAGGGCUUUGGCGAGUGUAGGAGGGGAAUGAUCGAUAUGCGCAAGCGGUUCCGCGGGAAUCAACCCAUCACCUUCAAGAGCCUCGAAACGACCGAGCAGUCAGGAGAAGGAUACCAACUUUAUGCCGGAAGAUCCGCUUUCGCCGGCUCCGUCCGUAAAACCGAUGGGAACGAGCCCGAGCCCAAAGACUGGCGAGAAUUAGAGAACGAAAAGUAUCGAAAAGAACAGGAGUCGCAAAAGAAAUAA